UUCAGUAGGUUUCCGAAAUCUAAACGUUCUGGGUAGCUUUCAGUUGAGAUGGAAAAUGCUGCGUUCGAUUCUUGUGCUGGCGAGGUUAAUAGUAAAGGCGAGUUGUCAGUGGAAGGAAAGCCCAAUCCGGAAGGGCAGGAAGGUUUAGAAUUGAAACGUAAAGUAGGACUGUUCAGUGGAGUGGCACUUAUAGUUGGCAACAUGAUAGGAUCGGGAAUCUUCAUAAGUCCCGGCGGAGUGUUGGAGCGUUCUGGUUCCGUCGGAUUGUCUUUAGUUAUGUGGGCGGCUUGCGGCCUUUUGGCCAUCUUAGGUUCGUUAUCGUACGCGGAGUUGGGCACUUUAAUCCCCAAAUCGGGUGGAGAAUAUUCCUACCUCCUCGACGGGUUAACGCCUUUACAUCCGUUUUGGGGCCCACUGCCGGCCUUCCUCUAUUCAUGGAUUAGUGUCUUGUUACUUAGACCUACUACGUUCGCCGUCGGCUGUUUGAGUUGCGCCAGCUACACCGUUUACCCCAUUCUGGCAUCAAUGGGUUUAUGUCUGGAAACUGAGACAGAAGAAUUGCUCAUCAAAUUGACAGCCGUCUUAUACAUCGGUUUGAUUUCUGCGCUAAACGUCUACAGCGUUGAUUGGACGAUUCGAGUGCAGAAUUUUUUCACGGUAGCCAAACUUGCAGCCAUCGCUGUGCUGGUCGGUUGCGGGAUCUAUCAACUGUCUAAUGGAGAAACCAAAUAUUUAGCUCAAGGAUUCAAGGGAUCGACGACGGAAUUUGGAACCAUAGCUACGGCCUUUUACGGAGGAUUGUGGUCUUACGAUGGAUGGAACAAUCUCAACUUCAUCACCGAGGAGAUCAAAAAUCCUUACGUCAACCUACCGCGAGCUAUCAUGAUUGGCAUCCCCUUGGUGACCGUCUGCUACCUGGCCGUUAACGUUGCCUACCUAACCGUGCUAAGUCCCCAGGCCUUAAUCAAUUCCGAUGCUGUGGCUGUGGAUAUUGGUAAUUAUCUCCUGGGUCCUUUGGCCUUCACCAUACCUUUAGCCGUGGCCAUGUCCACUUUCGGAGGAGUGUUAUCCGGCGCCUUUGCCACCGGAAGGUUGUGUUUCGCAACAGCUAGAGAAGGUCAUAUGGUAGACGUAUUGUCUUAUAUUCACGUAGAUAGUCGGAUUCCAUCACCAGCUCUCAUUUUUACUGCAAUUAUCGCUCUCGUUCUGGUGAUCUCUAAAAAUGUUAGCAGUUUAAUUGAUUUUUUCACGUUCGCCGUCUGGAUCUUUUACGUCCUAACUAUGAUCGUCCUGCUCAUUUUACGCAAGACAAGACCCGAUGCCCGCAGACCCUACAAAGUUCCGUUGUUCGUCCCGAUUCUGACGAUCAUUAUUGGAUCGUACCUUGUGGUGGCGCCGAUCGUGACUGACCCUGCCAUUGAAUACCUUUACGUCUUGGGCGCCUUGUUCAUCGGUGUUCUAUUUUACAUUCCCUUUGUUUUUUACAAAUGCUCAUUGGGUUUCAUGGGGCCCAUUACCAGGUCUAUUCAGAUAGCAUUGAACGUGGGUCCAACGCUGAAGCCGAUGGCAGAUUGAAACUAUUGGAUUAUAUCCGUCUACUCGUUUAUUCGUCUGUCUAUAGUGCUACAUGCUGAGAUUGCUGACUAAAAUGUCUACGUCUUCUCAGGAGUUUUUGAUGUUCUGAGACACGCGAAACCGCACGAGGAACGACACUGCCGAUGGAUUUGAUCGUCAUGAAAAACAAAAAAAAAUAAAUAAGACGCCAAACAAAA